AUGGCAAACUCAACACGGCAAACAGCGGCGGUAACGUGCCAAGUUAUCAAGGAUCUUUUGAAGAACACUGAAUUUAUCGAACUUCUUAACAAUGCAAUUAGCAAUGCCAUUGAUAAAAAAAUGGAUGAAGUGUUAAGUAGACUAGAGAUCAUGCAGGGAGACAUAUUUGAUCUCCAGAACAAACUUGAAAUAAAAGAUCAGGAAAUCAACAAUCUCAAGCAUUCCAUGAAAUGUCGAGAAGAAGAAUUCCGUGGUCUUCAGUUCGCCAUCGACAAGCUGGAACAAUAUUCUCGGGGUUGCAAUAUCAGAAUAUUCGGCAUUCCUGAAAAAACUGGUGAGAACACUGAUUCAUUAGUUGCAGACAUAGUUUCUAGGAAUCUGGGGAUCUCAUUCGAAGCCAAAAAAGACAUCGAGCGAUCACACCGGGUCGGAAGAAUCAACCAACCAAGUAUCAACCAUUCCCAUUCAGCUACAGGAAGCUCCACUGAAGACGAAUCUGGACCUGAUAGACGCCCGCGCGGCAUCAUUGUUAAGCUAUCAUCCCAUCGAAAAAGGCGUGAAAUUCUCCUUAACAGAAGAAAACUAAAGGGUUCUGGGAUUUCAAUCGUAGAAGACCUCACGAUGAAAAAACAGAUACUUUUGAAUAAAGCUCGGAAAAUUCCCGCAGUGAAUUCAGCAUGGUCAUCUGAAGGUCGAAUCAUUGUUUCCUUAAUGUCAUCAGGUGGCAAGUCAUUACAAAAACUAAUUGCAAACGAUGAAGACCUAAAAAAACUUAACCGACCGUUCACGAAUACAUGA